AUGUUCUCGAUUGAAGAGACCUGGCUUUCAUACUCUAGACAUCUCAGCCCAAGUUCUGAAGAUGGGGUGCUGGUCCUGGAGAGGCCAGGGAAGCACGCAACCCUCUAUGUGAGCUGCACAGCUGGUCUCUCCUUCCUCAGAGGAACCAGCGAAAAUGAAGUCAUGGCCACACUGGCCACACCUGAAAUGGCAAACAUGGCUGACAUGGAGACCAGCACUUCCUCUGGCCAGGGAAGCUCCCCCCACUUCCUGUGUGGUGGAGAUGAGAGGAAGUUGCAGGGUCUGAGGAAACCAACACCUGGGGGAGGGGAGUUGGAGACCAAGCGAACAUGCCACAUUCCAUGUGAGGAGGGCCGGCUGAGUGAUGCGGGAGUCAACAGAACCUCCAGGGGCAGAAGUCUCAUCGGUAAGAUCCAGGACAACAACCUCCCCGUCACCAAAAAAGGAGUCACGGUGGCCCCAGGCUUUGUAGUGGAUGAGUUCUCCGUGUCCAUCCUCACGGGAAAGCUGACGACUGUCUUCCUCCCAGUGGUCUACACGAUCGUGUUUGUGAUCGGCUUGCCUAGCAAUGGCAUGGCGCUCUGGGUCUUUCUUUUCCGAACAAAGAAGAAGCACCCCGCCGUGAUUUACAUGGCCAACCUGGCCUUGGCGGACCUCCUCUCAGUUGUCUGGUUCCCCCUGAAGAUUGCCUAUCACAUUCACGGCAACGACUGGCUUUACGGGGACGCCCUCUGCAAAGUGCUCAUUGGCUUUUUCUAUGGCAACAUGUACUGCUCCGUUCUCUUCAUGACCUGCCUCAGUGUACAGCGGUACUGGGUCAUCGUGAACCCCAUAGUGCACCCCAGGAAGAAGGCAAACAUUGCCAUUGGGGUCUCUGUGGGAAUAUGGCUGCUGAUUCUGCUGGUCACCAUCCCCUUGUACGUCAUGAAGCAGACCAUUUACAUCCCAGCCCUUAACAUCACAACCUGUCACGACGUCCUGCCCGAGGAGGUGCUGGUGGGGGACAUGUUCAAUUACUUCCUCUCCCUGGCCAUUGGCAUCUUUCUGUUCCCGGCCCUCCUCACGGCGUCUUCUUAUGUGCUCAUGAUCCGAGCGCUCCGGUCUUCUGCCAUGGAUGAGCACUCGGAAAAGAAAAGGCACAGGGCCAUCAAGCUCAUCAUCACCGUCCUGGUAAUGUACCUCAUCUGCUUCACGCCUAGUAACCUUCUACUCGUGGUGCAUUAUUUCCUGAUUAAGACCCGGGGCCAGAGCCAUGUCUAUGCCCUGUACAUCACCGCCCUGUGCCUGUCCACCCUCAACAGCUGCAUCGACCCCUUCAUCUAUUACUUUGUCUCUCAAGACUUCAGGGACCACGCCAAGAACACUCUCCUCUGUCGCAGCGUCCGCACUGUGAAGCGGAUGCAGAUCUCCCACACCUCUACGAAAUUCUCCAGGAAGUCCAGCUCUUACUCUUCAAGUUCAACCAGUGUUAAAGCUUCCUCCUGAGCUUCCCUGCUCCACAGGUAGAAGCUCCACGUGGUGGCUCCCUGGGUGGGGCUGGUGUUUCCUACCAUGCUGCUUCUCCCAGGUCUGCUGGGGCUUCCCUGCCUGCAGGGGAAUAGUUCCCCAUGUUAACCCAGAUGGUAGCGUCAGACUCCGCUACUCAGAUGGAAAACUGACCUGACCAAAGCUGAUUUAUUUAGAGUGUGGUGAAAAGACAGAAACCUGUCGUGAAGAAACUACACGGCAUAAGGAUGCAGCUUCUAGUUGGAAGUGAUUUUUCUAAAUCUGCGGUCCAUCUGAGCCUUGUUUGGGCUUGAGGCCCCAGACAGCAUCAGGCCAAUCGACCAGCUUUCCAGAUGAGGAAGCGAACUUGGUGAAUGGGCUUCCGGAGGGAGUCGGAAUCCCAGCCUACUGCAGGGAGCUCUGGAAGGGAGCUUCGUGAGACAACAGAACCCAUAGCUUCAGUGAAUGACUCUAGAUUCACUGCAGUUGGUGAGGGUCGUGAUAAAUGCAGGCUCCUUGGGUGGGUAAGGAGAGCUCAGUCCACAGGAACCGGGUCCUCCACGAGGCAUGCGCUGUCCAUGAACGAGAAAGCCAGAGAAACUUUGGCCUGAGAUCUUUUCCACUUGACAGGUUGCCAUGAUGGUUUCUGAAAAGAAUAGCUAAGAAGAACGUUUUAUGUCUCUGUUUUGCUUGUAAUGAAAUUUGUUGUUGAUGUACUAGGACUCUCAGCUCUUUCUUUUUUUUUUGGUACCGGGUAUCAAACUUACGACCUUGCACUUGCAAGGCAGGUGUGGUGCCACUGAACUACAUCCCUGCCCCUCUCAGUUAUUUCUUUAUUAUUCCUUUGAGCUUUUGUAUGUGUUACUAUCCCAGAAGAAUUUGUGGAUCUUAAACAUGGAAAUCAACUUUGUUAUAAGAUCUUACUGACCGCAGUCUGAGUAAUAGACUUAGUUUUACAAUUAAGAGGAGUCUUUACCACUUAGUAUUUUAAAAAGUUAUUGUUGGGAUAUUUAUGAUCAAGUUUUGUUCACUUGUUAUCAAAUAGGAAAUUACAGUCUUCACAAGGUUAGAACCACAUUUGUUUGUGAAAAAGCGUGAAUGGAAAGGGCUUGCAACAUAUUUAAGAGGUACUUGACUCCAAAGUGACUAUGUACUGCUGUAUUUGUGACCUUUAAAAUUAUUUUAUUGUAUGAUUGGUUUAUAAAUAAUACAUUGCUUUUUUUUUUUUACAAUUUAUAUCUGAGCCGUGUGUUUUGUUUGAAGGAAGGAGUAGGGGAAGACAAGAAGUAACUGUGUUGCUCUUCUGAAAAAAACAAAUGUGAUUCUCAUACU